CGGCAUACCUGGAUUGUUACAUCAAAUUCCGGGGCGUAGGAACGACAGGAAGCUUUUAAAUACAACUGGGAGAGCGAACCUUUAUACUCAUCAUAUUCACCAAACUUGCGAUACAGCGACUACAACUUACAUCAACUCUGCAUACAACGGGGGAUACUAAGGAGGGCUAAGAACGGCGACAAUGACUUGGAAAAUCGCAUUGGGAGUUUUACUCCUAUGCUCUUUUGGGGAGGCUCUCAACAAAGGAUCUGUUUUCCUGGCUGAAACUCCGCUGAGCAGCCCCGGGGUGAGCCUGCACACCGCUGCGGGGUACUGCACCCGGACGUACGGCGCAUGGGCAGAGACGGCGUGCUGGCAGAACGUCAGGGACACCUGGCAAAUCGGACUGGAUCUCUGCAAAUACGCUUGGAUAAACGAUGGAACCGUGUCCCAGCCGAUCCGCUCGGCCCGGGAUGGGUGCUCGGCAGUUGGGGUUAGCCGCGUUAGCCCCAGGGAACAAGGAGGAACCUUCGGCGUCUGGUGCUACGUGGGCCGCCAAGUCGAUUGUGGAAGGCUCGGUCAGUUCUCGUGCGGAAACAGCCUGUGUGUUCCCCACUGGGCGAGGUGUGACGGCGUCAACAACUGUGGAGACAACAGCGACGAACAACAAUGCGGUGGAGUGUUCCUGUACCCAGCCCUCAGGGCAGGCCCUUCUGUGAAUUUCUGGAACGCAUCUCGGACCUGUCGGGCUGUGGGGGCACGACUGGCAAGCUGGCAGGAUCUAGCAGAACAGUGGGCCAAGGGGCUGGACAUCUGCAGGCAUGGAUGGCUCCAAGAUGCAACUACGGCCCAUGCCGUCCACAAGACACGAGCUGGCUGUGGGAAGAUUGGUCUCCAUCAUGAUGGGAGCUAUGAGUGGGGUGAAAGGUUGGAUGUCUGGUGUAAGGUCCUGAGCUCCAGCUUCUCCUGUGAGUCUGUAUCCCAGUACACCUGUAACAACCUGAACUGUGUUCCCAAGUGGGCGAUGUGUGACGGGGUGGACAACUGUGGAGACUUCAGCGAUGAGCUGCCAGACCGCUGUGCAAGAGCUAAUGGGACAGGAAUGCUUGGUGAUGAGGUUUUUGGAUCGAACCCCUGUGCACGUGCCAACUGUGCGCCCACUGGACAGGGCUACUGUGAGUCUGUUGGCCUUGCUCAGUACCGCUGUCACUGUCUGCCUGGGUUCAGGGAUGUCAUCGGAGAUGGCACAGUUUGCCAAGCCAUUGCCCCUCCAGACUCCAGACGUCAGAGUUUUGCUGGUGCCAGUAAGGUGGUUCUGCUGUCUGACGAGCAGGGUGGGGACACCAUCACCUUCCUGCAGGCUGGCAGCAGGUGUCUGCAGAUGGGCAUGCAGAUUGCAUCAUGGGAAGAGCUCCGGGACACAUGGAAUGCUGGGCUGGACCUCUGCAGGAAUGGAUGGCUGUUGGAUGGAACCGUUGCCCACCCCAUCCACACUGCCCGAGAGAAUUGUGAGGAAGUUGGAGUGAACCACGAGGGGAGCCAUGAGUAUACCCAGGGGUGGGAUGUCUGGUGUAGGACCUAUGGAACUCAUGAUUGCAGUUCUUUAAACCAGUUCAGCUGCUCUAAUGGCCUGUGUGUCCCACACUGGGCCAACUGUGACGGAGUCAACAACUGUGGGGACAACAGCGAUGAGCAGAACUGUGUGGGCUUGCAUGGUGUAGCUGCUCACAAACAGGACACUGGAGAUAUAAGCAAUGUCUCAGCUGGUCAUAUCUUCCUGUACCCUGGUGACGAAGCACAAGGCAGUAUAACAUUCUAUGAUGCUGCAUCAGUAUGUGCUGGGGUUGGUGCUACUCUGGCUACAUGGGAGGACUUGUACAAUGCUUAUUUAGUAGGACUCGAUAUCUGCAGGUAUGGCUGGUUGAACGAUGGGAGUAUUUCCCACCCCAUCCGCAAUAUUCGCGACGACUGCGGCCAGGUCGGGGUGAACCAUGACGGUAGCCAUGAGUACGGCUCGGGUUAUGACGUUUGGUGCCAACCCAAGAAUGGAGACUUCACCUGUGAUUCUGUGAAGCAGUUUACCUGUAAGAACAAGCUGUGUAUCCCGUACUGGUUGGUGUGUGACUCCAUCAACAACUGUGGGGACAACAGUGAUGAAGAAGACUGCGGUCAUGUGUUCUUGUACCCUGGAAACCAAAUUUCCUCAUCUGUCACCUUCCUUGAUGCAAAAGCCAGAUGUGAGUCUAUCGGAGCUCGUAUUGCAUCAUGGGAAGAUCUCACUUUCACCUGGCGCCAUGGCCUUGACAUCUGCAGGUAUGGUUGGUUGGAGGAUGCCACUGUUUCUCAUCCAAUCCACACAGCCCGGGAGGGAUGCGGAGAUGCCGGUAUCAACCAUGACGGGAGCCGUGAAUACACAGAGGGUUUUGAUGUGUGGUGUGAGCCCAAGUCUGCUGACUUUAGCUGCUCUAAGAUCAGCCAGUUCAAGUGUGAUAACCACCUGUGCAUUCCCUACUGGCUGAGAUGUGAUGGAGUCAACAACUGUGGAGACAACAGUGAUGAGAAAUGUGAUGGAGGUGUUGAUGGACCAGGAGAAGCCACCAUCACCACCAGCAACUACGUCUUCCUGUUUGAAGGAGAUGUCUCGUUCGAUGCUGACCUGGACACGGAUCUCUUUGGGUUUCUUGAGACCACAGGAAAGUGUGCCCAGUAUGACUCCACUGUUGCCGCAUGGGAAGACCUGAAGGAAGCCUAUGAUGCAGGACUGGACCUCUGCGUGCAUGGCUGGCUGAAUGACGCAACAAUUGCCCAGCCAAUCCACUACCCCCGAGAGGUCUGUACUACAGAAGGUGUGGAUCACCUGGGCAGCCUGGAGUACUCAACCAAGUUCCACAUCUGGUGCAAACCUGACACCUUUGUCGUUUGUGAGAAGAUUAACCAGUUUGGCUGUAAGAACAAGCUGUGCGUGCCCUACUGGGCCAGAUGUGACGGCAUCAACAACUGUGGGGACAACAGUGAUGAGGAGAACUGCGGACAUGUGUUCCUCUGGCCUGGGAAGGAGACAGACACUUCUGGUCAGGUCCGGUUCUGGGAUGCUGAGCAGAAAUGUCAGACUGUGGGAGCCAAACUGGCAAGUUGGGAGGACAUGUACAAAACCUUCAAUGUUGGUCUGGACAUCUGUAGGAUGGCCUGGCUGUCAGACAGUACCACUGUCCACCCUAUCCACACAGCGCGGGAAGGCUGCGGAGAGCCUGGCAUCGUUCACUUCGGCAACCACGAGUACAGCCAGGUGUUCGAUGUCUGGUGUGAGCCUGUGCUGCCUGACUGGAGCUGUAAGAAGAUUGACCAGUUCAGCUGUGAUAAUGGCCUGUGUGUUCCACAUUGGCUGGUGUGUAACGGCAUCAACAACUGUGGGGACAACAGUGAUGAGAAGUGUGGCAGUCCUGCUGGCCUGACGACCUUCCUGAUGCCCAAUGAUAUGCUGGACCAGUAUUCCAUUUCUUACCCUGAUGCGUCCCUCAUCUGUGACCGAGUGAAAGCAAACGUGGCAACCUUGGAUCAGCUGACUACAGCCUGGAACACUGGCCUGGACAUUUGUCGCAAGGGCUGGUUGGACGGUGGUGUUGUGGCGUUCCCGCUCCAUUACCCACGCGUGUCCUGUAAGGAGGACUAUGGCUCCAUCACAAAAAUGCAGAACUUUGGAAACCAGUUCGAGUAUGACCUGUAUGAUGUCUACUGUACCUUCAAGGACAGCAGCAGCACAUGUGACAAUGUUGGGCAGUUUACAUGCAAGAAUAAGCUGUGUGUCCCCUUCAAGCUUAAGUGUGAUGGAAUUAACAACUGUGGGGACAACAGUGAUGAAGAGAAUUGUGCUCCUAAGCUGGUUUGCACGGAUGACCUUGCCCAAGACGACUGCAGUCUCCUCCUGCAGCUGUUCCAGGCUUUGCUGCAGGACGUCCAGGCAGCGAGGGACAGGCUCGAUGGAGGGGGAGGGGGAGGAGGCACAGCACCAGAGGAUGCCCUCAACCGGCUGAAUGACCUGUCCAAUCAAGUUGAAGCUUUGAAGAAUCAGCUGGGCGACUUGUCUGCACCAGCCAUACAGAAGCUGCGAGAUGCCAUCAUGGAAGCAGAAGGAGAGGCCAUUAUUAUUACUAGGAAGGGAACUGAUGUGGCAGGAAAGGGGACCACAGAGAAGGACAAUGCAGACACAACCAACCAGAGGGCAACUGAUUUAGAGGAACAAAUAAAGGCACUGAAUGCCAGGCUUGAUGAACUGAAAAAACAGCUUGGUUCAGACGAAACGGAUGGCCCAGGUGACGAUGAUCUCAGCGAGGCACGCAGAAUCCUGGCUGAAAUUGAAGGGAGGAAAACAAACAAUGUCAACUUUGAACCAAACAAGAAUGCAGCAGAUACUGAGAAGGCUGAAGUUGACAAGUUGAACACUCAAGUAACUGACUGGCUGAAAAGCAGUGGUACAACUGGUGUAAUCGUCAACAUGGGAGCAAAGAUAGACACCAUGAACCAAAACCUUAAUGAUAUGGGGGAAGCCAUCGACAAAGCCAACGAAGUGAGUGACGAGGUUGACCGACUAAACAAAGUCAAUUCCGACCGCCUAGCAGACACAACUCUUCUGGACAGUGCCCAGGCUGCAGCAGAUGACAUGGCUGACACGGUCAAUGCUGCACAGACAAACCUGGAUGAAGCUAAGAAGGCUUUUGAUGAGGGGAAAGCCAACAAGAAUAAAAUUGAUGGGCACAAUGACAAGAUCACGGAGGGUAGAGCCAAGGUUCAGGAGAAGGUGGAUAGCUUGGGAGAUCUUGAUGAUCUGGAAGCAAAGGUUAAGGAGGCAGAAGAUCAUGGACUACGGCUGCAGGAAUUAGACAAAAUAGCACAAGACAACUUGAAGGACAGCGGGGGUGAUGUGUCCCAGAAGGCGCUCCAGGCAAUUGCUGCCUAUGAAAGUGUUGUCACAAAGAUUGAUGAGGCCGAGGCAGCAGCUAAACUGGCAAGAAGAGCAGCGCGUGAUGCCAAAAAGCUUGUUGAGGACGGUAACUUUGAUGCCACAGCAAGGACAACCAAACAGCAGAGCGAUGAUAGCCUUAAAAAGGCUCAAGACCAGAGUAACAGUCUGAGGGAUGACUUGAAGCCCAGACUUGAUGCAGCAGACUCUGCCACAACUGAUGUGGAGACUGGGCUGCAGAUGGGCAGAAACCAACUCUCAGCACUUACUGAUGAACUCAACAAGCUUGAAAGUCCUGACCCGGGUAUUGACCAGACCAAGAUCAACAAAGCUGACAAACGAACCACUGAAGCAAAGACUUCUGUUGAUGACAUCAUAUCUGGAAAGUAUGGUACGGACCAGAACCUGGAUGGAGCACUGAAAAGUGUACAAGAGCUGGAAGAUGCUGCUGCUACAGGAGGAGGAGGAGGAGGAGGGGGUAACCUUGCAGGCAUCCAGCAGGAUUUGGAGUCUGUGAGUGCAAACUUGGCCAAGAUCAAUGCACUGAGAGUGGAGUUGGAAGGCAGUAUAGCUUCCAAAAGUACGGAGGUCAACGAGGUCAGAGGAUCCAUUGAGGCGAUACAAAGGAUGAUCAGGGAAGCAAGAGCAGCUGCCAAUGGGAUCAACAUGGUUCCCAUGAACUUUGGUGGCAACACAGCAGUCCGACUAGACACCAUGUCUCAGCCUCUGAACAGCUACUUUACUGACAACAAGAAUUCAUUUGACAUGUCCAUGGCAAUCAAUGCCCAGCGUGAUGGCACAGUGCUAUUUAUUGGGGACCCGAACAAUGCAAACAGCGACUAUAUUGGACUGGAGGUUGUGAAUGGGAGACUGAGGGCCUCCUCCAAUCUGAAUAAUGGUGAAAACGCCUUCAACUUUGGUGUCAUUUCAUCAAACGGACUGACUGCAGGCCAGUGGGAGACUGUUAAGCUCCAGAGGAUUGGAAACUACAUGAAGCUGACUGUUGGAAAUGAAGAUACUACUGGCAAUGCAAACAAUGACUAUAUCCUAUUCGACAUGCCAGAGAAUGGUGGUGUCUGGGUGGGCGGAGUGGAAGGAUCUAACCUUCCAUCAGGCAUGAGCCUCGGGGGUCGAGGUUUUACAGGGCACAUUGACGACCUGAAGUUUGGAGAUGACUCUGUGCCUCCCUCAGGCCUGUGGAACUUCCGCAUUGCAAACAACUUGCCAUCACCUGCAACUCCUCCUAUAAGAGAGAUGAGCUCCUUAGCCACGGCUUCAGACAUUUUGUACUUUGAUGGGAAAGGCUAUGGCCACACUAGGGAGGAUCUUCUGGUGGAUGUCGGUAAAUCCAACCAGGUGAUUUUUGCAGCUGCUGUGCGUCCUGGGGGGCCAGAUGGACUUAUCUUCUUCUAUGGUGAUACGAAUCUGUUUGUUGCUAUUGAGGUACGAAACAACAGAAUUGCUACGCGGGUCAAGUUUCCAUCAGGAACAUAUGAGGGAGAAUCAACCAAUACAGUUUCGGAUAUGCUUAUCAACAACGACUUCAUUACUGUGAAUCUGAUUAUCAACUCAAAUGCCCCAGCAUGUGCUAUGAUGUUUUUUGUAAAUCGAGCCAGGACAUGUAUAGACACUGGAAAGAUUGAUACCCAGCAAGAACUGAACAUGAAGGCUCAAGUUGGAGGACUUGAUGAUGCCAUGAAGACUUCCCUUGCUGGCAUGGUGAUGACAGAAGGAUACAAAGGGUGUAUCAAGCAGCUCCAGGUGUUGCGAGAGGACAGACAGAUCGUGCAUGUUGGCAGUCUUGCAACAGCACAGUGUCCCAUUCUGAUUCGUAGCCUGGAGUUCUCGGGAGUGGACAGCUACUUGAAUGCAAAAUGGCCAUCAAGAAUGACAACUUAUGAUGUUUUUGAAGCCACCUUCACCUUCAGCACCAGUGCUGACAAUGGGGUGAUGUUGCUAGCAAAGGGAAAUCAAGGGGUGUUGUGGGCAAUCUCCAUGAGCAAUGGUAGGGUUAUUUUUGCUGCUUUUGGAGACAACGCCAAUGUCGGAGCAUCACGUGUGACCAGCCAGAAUGUUUAUAAUGAUGGCGAGGAACACUACAUCCUUGUACGACGACUUGGUCAAACAUUGUUCCUGCAGCUGGAUGACAACAUUGGCCCCAACAUCAACACCAACACCAACUUCAACCGAGGAUCCUUUACCACUAAUGAGCUGAUCCUUGGUGGGCCAGACCCAAACACAAACCUCACCCCGGGCACCCAACAGCUGGUAGACAACACUGGCCACUUCCAGGGCUGCAUCAAGAAACUCAUCUACAGGAGUGGUGCUCCUGAAGAUGGACUUGUGGACUUCCGUGAUGCCAGCAGCAGCAAUGGCGUGACAUUUGAAUCAUGUGCUUCUAACUGACCUGGUCUCGACUGACAGCAUACCAGCAGCAAAAGAAGGGUCACAAGUGAAAAUAAGAGAAAAAUCAAACUUCUGCUACACCUUAAAAUUAGGAAUGACAUUGUAUGAUUUCAGAUGUCAGACUUCUGAAGUUCAUUAACCUAGUGUUUAAUAUUAGAUCUCAAAGUCAAACCAAGAAAACCUGUAGUUCUGCCAUUUGAACCAAAUAUUAAUCUCCAAGCAGAUGUUGUAAGGUUAUGCAUCAGGACCUGUGCCAGUCACCCUCUCCUCUGAUUUUGCUUGUAGAGACUAGGCUUGGUUGUAAUCAGUAACAAGAUGUCUCUGGUGGUCAAUUUAAGUCAAGCAAAGUUAGCCAUUUACUCUUUGAUAUUAUUGAAGCUUUUUUUUUUCAAUUUAUUUUACAUUGCCUUUGGUCAUAUGGCAGAACCUGGAAGAAGAAAAUCAACAGUUACUGUGACAGUAGCAAACAUUGUAUUAUGCCCAAGAGCAUCUUUACCAUAAUUUCAAUUAAUAUUGCAUUGGAUAAUCGCAAUAAAUUAUGGCAUUUCUGCGGGUUUGAAUGGACUUUUGGCUGCCACCUUUUGGUGUUUCACAUUUCUUUAAAAUUAUCAUUACUUUAAUAGUUUUAUCAUAUUGAAUUGGACAGUUUUGCUUGUUAAGUUUUAUAAGUUUUCUGUAAGGGUGACUAACAUGUAUGAAGAUUAACACCGUGAAAUUAUAUCACACAAUGGCAUGUAAUUAUAAGUAGUCAAUUGAUAAUCUUUCUCUUCUAUCUAGCUUACAUGUAUGUUCAUGCAUUUAUCUUGGACAAGAAUAUGUGUCACUCAAAAAACAGUGGUCAUAUUAACAAAUUUCAUUACAUAAAACAAUUUCUCUCCUAAUUCUGAACCUUUAGAAAUUUAGAAACGCACUCAAGAAAGCAAAUCUUAAUCUUAUCCUUUCAUUUUUAACGUUGUAUUGGAAGCUUAAAAAUAUUUCUCUAUGGGUACAAUGUUAACAUAUUUUGGUACAAUGUUAACAUAUUUGUUCAUGUUAUGUCAAUUGCUUUUGUUAUUAAUAAACUUUCCAUCUUUUGGUGUAGCUUA